AUGUCCAGUCCCGCAGAAGAGAGUACCCUUGGGUACCACGGUCUGGACAUCAACCGGCCGCCGGCUGAAGUCGAUAUCGUCAAGGGGCUCAUCAAGAACUUUCUCGAAGCCGCACAGUUCGAUCGGAACACCCCGUUUGCCAGGGACAAGGAACUGGAGACGGCGGUGUGGACCUACUUCAAGAGCCUGAAUCUGGGGGCGAAGCUGGACGCCGCCGUCCAGCAGCUCCUCCAGCUGGCCACCAUCGUCACGCAUCAAGCCUACAUUUCCCUCCCCUUCGAGAACCAAGUUCUCUGCGCAAUCCAAGCCGUGUACAUGUUCCUGGUCGACGACGCGGCGCCCAUGUUCAUGACCGAGCUGCGGCACUUCUGCCAGAACUUCACCCUUAACACCGAUCAAGCCCACCCGCUCCUCCGCCACUUGGACGCGCACCUCCGCUACCUCGCUCGCUACUACGGGCCCUACUGCCACUCCACCAUCAUCAAAUCCCUCUUCGAUUACAUCAACGGCCGCCUCCUCGAGCACGACAUGGCGCAGUCGGACUUCCGGUUCUCGUCCGCCACCCGCCUGAUGCCCCUGUUCCUGCGCACCAAGGUCGGGGCCGCCGAGAUUCUGGUCUCGCUUCUCUGGCCCCAAGCCCUCUACCCGGAGGACACCUACCGGAUCCAGUACGUCCCCGCGGUGCCGGGGUUGGUGCUGUUCACCGACUUCACGAACGACAUCCUCUCUUACUAUAAGGAGUUUGUCGUUCACCAGGAGAAGGGGAAUUUCGUGGCGAAUUUUGCCGAGGCGCAGGAUCUGUCGCAUUUGGAGGUUUUGAGGCGGUUGGUGGAGUAUGCUCCGCGGGUGAUCGGGGAUGUCUACGCGAUUUUCGAGGGGAAGGAGAAACUGGUGAGGCCCGUGCGGGACUACGUCAACGGCUGGAUCAUGCUGUGUACUGCCCAUAAACGGUAUCACCUGGUGGAACUGUUCGAGAAUGAGGGGUAUCUGCCUCCUUAUGAUGAGGACUCUUGA